CAUUUGGGGGAUAUCUGUACUGUUCUGACAUUUGGGGGAUAUCUGUACUGUCCUGACAUUUGGGGGGAUAUCUGUACCGUUCUGACAUUUGGGGGAUAUCUGUACUGUCCUGACAUUUGGGGGGAUAUCUGUACUGUUCUGACAUUUGGGGGAUAUCUGUACUAUUCUGACUUUCUUGGACCUCAAGAAAUUAGAUUGGCUGUCAUUUGUGAAAACUCUAUAACUUUCCUA